UUGUCUGUUUAGUUAAUGCUAACUGAUAAGUACUAUGUUGUCCGCUUUGAUACUUUGGAGAUUCCAAAUGCAGAGUUGUUUUUUGAGUUGGUUAUAGUUUACAAGAAAAUAAUAAAUAUUCUUAAUUUGAGCUUUUUAUUCAACUUUUUGAAUGAUGAGUUCGAUUCUUGACUUUUUGUGCAUGGCUUAGCGCGUAGAUUUUAGAGUUUUUAGGUGUUUAACUGAAACUUCUAUGUAGCUUCGUCAUCCUUUUUCUUGCAAGUGAACAUUUAAGUUAGCUUAUUUAUACCCAUAUAAGGUUGUCCGAAGUUAGUUGCUCUUGUUCUUUCCACCAGAAUUUGCACUUUCAAACUGUACAUUUCUUUGUCUGAAUCUCCUAAAUGGUGCCAAAGAGGCCUUUUCAUGGCGAUUCUGAAGAUGGGACUGAUUCUCCAGCUCAGGACUCUAAGCGGUUCAAGAAUGCCAUUAGAGAUGUUCUGGGAAUGCUUUCAGUGCAGGAUAUAGUUGCCGAGAUCGAACCUUUCAUCAGAGGAGUGGUUCGAGAUGAGAUCGAACGGACUGUUCAACGAGUCCUUCAACCAUCCUUCAGAACCUCCUCCAAUCAGACUGAGACGUCAGGAGCAAGAGGCUUCCUGUUGCAGUUCGUUAGCAGACCACCAUCCACCAUUUUUACAGGUAGCACCAUGGAAGCUGAGGAUGGUAACCCGAUCAGGCUUGAAUUGUUGGAUGCUAGGACCAAGACCCUCGUCAAUUCUGGUCCUCUAUCUUCUAUGAAGAUUGAGAUUCUUGUCCUUGAUGGUGAUUUCGGUAUAGAUGAGAGAGAAGAUUGGACUGAAAAUGAAUUCAAUGCCAAUGUUAUCCGUGAAAGAGAGGGUAAAAGGCCUCUGGUGACUGGAGGAGAUUUAAACAUUACACUAAAAUCCGGAAGUGGCCUGAUUAGUGAUAUAAUUUUCACCGACAAUUCUAGUUGGCAAAGGAGUCGAAGAUUCCGGCUAGGAGCUAGACCUGUUACUAAAAAUUAUAGUGAAGCAAGGAUUAGGGAAGCUAGGAGUGAAGCUUUCAUGGUGAAGGAUCAUCGCGGAGAAUUGAAUAAGAAACAUCACCCUCCAAGAUUGGUUGAUGAAAUCUGGCGUUUGGAAAGAAUAGCAAAAGGUGGUGCAACCCACAAAAAGUUGGCAACAUGGGGAAUUCAUACUGUGAGAGAUUUUCUGCAGACAUAUGCAAUUAAUCCAUCUGAACUGAGGAAGGUGAUUUUAGGUGGAAUUUCAAAUAGGAUAUGGGACAUGAUUUUAGACCAUGCAAAUGAAUGUGUUCUGGAUGAUAAGCUGUAUACUUACUUUGAAGCUGGACCAAGUGUGGGGCUUCUUUUCAAUUCAGUGUACAAGCUCGUAGGAGCAGCAUUUGAAGGUCAGAUGUAUAAGCCUCUGGACAAACUAGCUCCUUCCCAAAUGGCUCUGGUGGAAAGUUUAAAGCAAAAGGCUUAUAAGAAUGUACAUAGCUUUAUCAUGCUUGAUUCUCGUGACAUUUGUGGCCCUUUAAGGUCCUUGGCAUGUCCACAAGCUGAGCCAUUCAAUGGUCCAAAUCUCAGUCUGCAGCAACUUGAACUCCCAGCUGCAUGCCCAGAUCAACCAGAGAUGCUGCUGGAUUUCAACACCAUGGGCAAUCAGUUAGAAUUUUCUGUAGCACAGAAUCCUAAUUCACUGCAAGUGUUUCCUCAAACACUAAGGAACAGUUUCAAAAUCAGGGACAUCUUUCCCGUUUCCUACCCUGGAGAAAACAGUUGGUCUGCAAGUUCAUCACGAUGGCCACUAGGGACAACUAGUCAACUAACUCCAGAGGAUUCACAGACACAAACAUCAACCUGGUCUCCCGUAAACACUUGUUUUUUCAGUUCAGAUAAUGAAGGAGAACUGGGUAUCAUCUCUUCUCACCCAAGCUUUGGUAUGCUUGAAAAGUCCAAAGUAGGGUGGUGCAAGCUAAGAGCUGCCAUUAUGUGGGGCUCAGUCAGGAGAGACAUUGCUAAAAGAAUGUGGCAGAGCUUCUGUAUGUAAAUUACUAAAACAGUAGACAGUUGUAGAAAUCAAAGCAUCUCAAGGUUUAGGGUAAGAGCUGAAAGCUGAAAGCUCUCCUAGAUACAUGAGAGGGAGUCAAGGUAGUUUUUAGCUUUCUUGUUUACUUGUAGUUUUUUGUUUUUCCUUCUUGCAACUUGCAACUUGCAACAAAGACCAAGUUACCAGAAAAGGGUCCUGUUUUGUAGUUUGUGUAUUUGCAGCAAUCCUUUCACUGCAUGUACAAAUUGUCCAAUAGAAAUCAUUUUCACACUGUUUAGCUC